AGGACACAUCUGGCAAUGACCACAGAGCCCAGCGAAUAUCUGUUUACGCGCCCGGACGGGGGCCGGCAGAUUCACAGUAGCGCCCAGAGUCAAUGCGCCCGCUGAACCAACGCAGAAGAGAAGCCGGAUCGUCUGCCGCGAUGGACGGAGAACCGGCCACGCAGAAGUGGCAGACUCGCCUCGGCAUCUGUCUGCUGAUCGCCGUGAUGGCCCUGCCGCUCCGAGCCACCUCCUCCGAGUCGUACAUGGCUAAGCUCUUCAAGCACGUCGAUGCCACGCAAGAGCAGUACGUGCAGGAGCUGCGCAAGUGGGUGGCGGUGCAGAGCGUGUCGGCCUUCGCGGAGCGCCGGCCCGACAUGAUCCGCAUGGCGGAGAUGGCGGCCGAGCGAGUGCGGUCCCUCGGAGGGGUCGCUGAGCUGGCGGGCGUCGGCAACCACACGACACCGGACGGGGAGGUGGUGCAGUUGCCACCCGUUGUGCUCGGCACCUUCGGAGACGACCCCGCCAAGCCGACGGUGAUGGCGUACGGGCACCUCGACGUGCAGCCGGCCCGCAUGGACGACGGCUGGGACAGCGACCCCUACGUGCUCACCGAGAAGGACGGUAAACUCUAUGGACGUGGGGUGUCUGACAACAAGACGCCAGUCCUCGCUUGGCUCAACAGCAUCGAGGCAUUCCGUAGCAUCGGGCAGCCGCUGCCCGUGAACCUGCGCCUGGUGUUUGAGAGCCUGGAGGAGGUGGGCUCCCCGGGGCUGGCGGAGCUGCUGGCGCGGCGCCGUCACACCUUCCUGCGCGACGUGGAGCACAUGUGCGUGUCCGACAGCGAGUGGCUGAGCGUCGGGGUGCCCGCGCUCUCCUACGGCCUCCGCGGGAACUGCUACUUCUUCGCGGAGGUGACGGGGACGAACAAGGACCUGCACUCGGGGACAUACGGAGGCUCGGUCCACGAGGCCCUGGGGGAUCUCGUCGCUUUAAUGAGCAGCCUCGAGAGCAGCGCCGGGAACAUUGCGGUGCCGGGGCUCUAUGACUCGGUGGCGCCGCUCACGAGGGAAGAGAAGGAGAUCUACGAGAAAAUCCACUUUGACCCCGAGGAAUUUCGCAAGGAGAUUGAGGCACCAGCCUUGCUCUACCCCACCAAGGACAAAAUCCUGAUGCACCGCUGGCGCUACCCGGCUCUCUCGCUGCACGGGAUCGAGGGGGCAUUCGCCGACCCGGGCAUGAAGACCGUCAUUCCCCGCCGCGUGCUCGGCAAGUUCUCCAUCCGCAUCGUGCCCAACAUGGACCCAGACGUCGUGGAAGACCAGGUGCGGCGCCAUCUGGAGGCCGUUUUCGCCCGGCGCAAAAGCCCCAACAAGCUGCGGGUGUGGACCGAGGUUAAGGCCAAGCCCUGGGUGGCCAACGUCACCGACCCACUCUACACGGCUGGCCGCAGGGCUUUUCAAGCAGUGUACGGGCGUGAACCCGACCUUAUUCGCGAGGGCGCCACCAUCCCGAUCGUGGCAGAGCUGGAGAGGGUGGUCGGCAAGGGAGUCGUGCUGCUGCCCAUUGGCGGCGCAGACGACGCCCCGCACUCGCAGAACGAGAAGGUCGACAGGGUGAACUACAUCAACGGCAUCAAGCUGUUCGCCGCCUUCCUGCACGAGGUGGCCCAGCUGCCCCCCGCUGCUGCCGCCGCCGUUGCCGGAGCCGGCGCCGCGGGUUCCAACUCGCUGGGGGGUGCCCGGAGCUCGGAGCCCAACGGGGGCACUGCCAGGUCCACCACCUCCGCCGAAGCGGCCGUGAUGUGCUGCGUGCUGCUGCUGGGGAUGCAGGUGGCGCGGAGGGCUGGAGAGUGAAGCCCCCACCCAUUCACCAUCACCACCCACCCACCAUCACCCACCAUCACC